UGCCGGGCCCCUGUUUCCGCACUCUUUAUUCCCUCAGUUGCAGUCAUGGCUGACUCGACGCCACUGUCUCCUGAAGACCUGCUGCUGUCCAAGGGAGGCACCGGUAAAACUGAGGAGCUGGAAGAGGAUACAGAGGAGGAGGAAGAUGAGCUGGAUGAGACCCUGGCAGAGAGACUUUGGGGUCUGACAGAGAUGUUUCCAGAGAGCCUUCGAUCGGCAGCUGGAGCUACCUUCGAUGUAUCCCUUUCUGUAGCUCAGAAAAUGUACAGAUUCUCCAGGGCAGCUUUAUGGAUUGGGACCACUUCUUUCAUGAUCCUAGUUCUUCCUGUUGUUUUUGAAACCGAGAAACUGCAAAUGGAGCAGCAGCAGCAGUUACAACAACGGCAGAUUUUAUUAGGACCAAAUACAGGGCUCUCUGGAGGAAUGCCAGGUGCUCUGCCUUCUCUUCCUGGAAAGAUUUAAUCAAGCCACUGGAGCCAUAUUAUGGAAAAAAAUACUGAAAUUGUUUGUUUGUUAGGCAGAAGUAUUUUUUUUUCUUGGACAUCUGUUCAUGAUGGAGGCAAACCCAAUAUGAAUUUCACGACAUUGACCUUUCCUUUAAUUCUUAGGCAGUCAUGAUUUUUUUUUUCAUU